CUUAGACAAGACAACUUUUCACGACAAAUCUCGCGACAAAUCCUUCAAAAUGUCGACGACCACCAAGAAGACCGGCGGCAAGGCCCAAAGAUCCGCCAUCGCUGACGUUGUUGCGCGCGAGUACACCAUCCACCUCCACAAGAGAUUACAUGGUGUUUCCUUCAAGAAGCGUGCCCCAAAGGCCAUCAAGGAGAUUAAGGCAUUCGCUACUUUGUCAAUGGGUACCACCGAUGUUCGUCUCGAUCCCCAAUUGAACAAGAAGGUCUGGGAAGCUGGUAUCAAGGGUGUUCCAUUCAGACUCCGCGUACGAAUCUCGAGAAAGCGUAACGACGAGGAGGGCGCCAAGGAGAAGUUGUACAGUUACGUCCAAGCCGUCAAUGUCCAAAACCCCAAGGGUCUUCACACCGUUGUUGUUGAGGAUGCAUAAAUGAUAAAAAUCAAAUGGCAUGGGGGAUACUUCUGGAGUUGCUGCAUUUCUGCUUGCUAAGGUAGCGGAAAAUGAAAAGGUCUAACUUUCGAUACCUAAAUGCAGUCAAUUGUUGUGGG